AUGGAACCAGAUCCCAAAUUAUUGUCUCUUCUAGAAAAAGUUAAUAACCCUAUAGAAACACUUACAAUCCAUUUAACAAUUAAAGUAAUUAGAUAUUAGAAUAUUAUAAGGGUGUUUAUGGAUUUACUGAUGAUUGGAGGAUUACAGAUGAAACUAAUCCUGGAAUAUUUGCUAAUGUGAUUCGUUACUAAGGAGAAGAUAUGUUUGGUAAAAUAAGACCUAGAGAGCAGACAGAAAAAGAGAAAUAUGAAGAGUAUUAAAAGAAUAGUAAAAAGAAUAAAAAGGAAUCAAAAAGUCCAGAAGAAGAAGAAGCAAUGAAAAAGGCUAUUGCUUAAGAAGAAGAGGAAGAAUAAUAAAAAUAAUAGCAUUUAGAAACCUUAUCUGAGUAAGAAAAGUUGUUUUUCAUUUCAGAAGAUAAAUUCAAAACUGCCAGCAUUUAAUAUGAGGAAACACAUUCAAUAGUGAUUAAUAAUGUUAGGUAAUUAGAGGAAGAGAUUUUAGAAAAACGAAACACUAUUCAAUUUAUUAGAUAACCAGCUGUGACAGAAGAAGAAUUGGUUAAAUUGAAAAAGGGUAAGACAAAGAAUUUGAAUAAUGCUGAAUUGACAUAGAUUAUAUUCAAAGGAAUUUUUGAUUUAGCUGAUUUAUUAGAACCUGGAUGUACUUAAACUAUAGUGAGAGUCUUUUUAAAAUAAGAAGAAGGUUCUGAUUGUCCAAAAUAUAAUUGUGAAAAAUUGUAUAUGAAAAUUGAAGUUAAUACUGAACCUGCACUUACACCAUUGGUUGAAGAUGUACCAUCACUUAAAAUAGAACCUGUUAUAAUAUAAAAGAUACCUAGUAAAUUUGAAUGUGUAUGGCAAUUCAAGAGUAUAAACAUUUCAUAAUCUAUUAGAGGAUAUAAAAGAAGCUAUGAAAUCUCUUGAAGAAGAAUAUAGCAAAUUAUAUUAAAGUGAUUAAAAGGCUAAGACUUAACCUAUGAUUAGUAUGACUCAUUAAAGAUGGUUAGAAUUAACAAAGAAAAAAGAAUCCUUUCUAAAUGAAAUGAACACAUCUGGCAAAUACAAUAUCUUAUAAGAAAGAUUAAGAUCAUCUAUUAUAAGAGUUUGUAUUGAUAAAUUUGCUAAGGAAGGAUUGUUUGCUGGAGUAAAUAAAGAUGAACAAGAUCGAUUAUUUGCUGAAUUGUAUGUAUUUAUGAUGGAAUAAAUGUAAACUACUCUAGGAGAAUAUAUAUAAAAUAAUAAAGAAGAUGAUAUUCAUGAAGAUUUGGUCUUAACUUUUGAAUAAAAUAUCAGGGAACGAGAUAGAGUAUUCAAAAGACUUAAGGAAUCUUAAUUAGAAAAAUUUUAAAGAUUAGCUAAAGAAUAUGAAACUAUUAAUUAAGUUAAUUAAGCACUUAAAUAUUACACUAAUAUGGUAUUAGUUGAUAAAACAUCAGCUUCUGCUUUUGCUAAAUAUUGUCUUAAAAUAUAGAGAUUUAAGGCAGCUGAACAAUUAAUUUAAAUGGUAAGAGACGUAGAAUGGAAUAAGGAAAAUGAAUUACUUAUGGCUUGUCUCUAUAUUAGAAGAGAAAGAUUUAAGGAAGCUACUUAAAUAUUAAAGGAAUUAUUACAAAGAGAACCUAUUAAUACAUUAUUUAAUUUGAUUAUGUCAUUUAUUUAUAGAUAGUAGGGGAAUGACAAUAUGGCUGAUAAGUAUUUAAGAUGCACUUAAAGAAUAUUUAUGAGAACAAUGGGUUUAUUGACUAAAGGGUAAUUAUUAUUAUUUUUAAUUUUAGAUUUCAAAAAUAAUAGCCUGAUCCACAUUUCUUACCUAAUUUCAAAUAAUAAAUGAUUGAAUAAUAAGAAAAAGCUAAGAAAGCUCCAGUAUUAACUUAAGAAUAAAUUGAUUCUAUUCAAUUAGAAUUAAUUGAAUAUUUUGCAUCAAGGAAUUUAUUUGAUUUAGCUGAAAAAGCUUUGGUUGCAAUUAAAGAUAAAACAACUCAAAAGAUAAACAUAAUCAAAGCAUAAAUUCAUAUUUUUAAUGAAAAUUAUACUGAUGCACUAACUUUAAUAUAAAAGUUAUUAACUUAAAAUUCUAGAUUUUAUGAUGUAUAUUUAAUUAAGGGAUCAUUAUGUUUUUAAACAGAAUAAUUUUAUGAAGCUGAAGAAACCUUUUUAAAAGCACUUUCAAUAUAAUCAAAGAGAUCCUUUGAAAUUCAAUUAAGAUUAGGAUAUUUAUAUUUAAAACGUAAAUCAUGGUAAGAUGCUAAAGUGAUUUUUGAGAAAGCUUUAGAUUAAUAACCUAAUAGUUCUUUAUCAUGGUUAGGGUUGGGAAUUGCAAAUUUAAGAUUGUGUGAUCCAAUUGCUGAAGAAUGUCUUUGUUAAGCUAAUAUCUAUGAACCUUUUAAUGGAGAAGUUUGGGGAUAUUUAGCAUUGAAUUGUUUAUUAUAAAAGAGAGGAUAACAAGCAAAAUAAUGUUUAUUACGUAUGGAAUAAACAGAAGUUUAUGAUUUGGAUUUAUUGCUUGAAUUAGCUGAAGAGAUGUCAUUAUGUUUUGAUUAUGAAAGUUGUAGAUCAAUUUUGAUGAGAGUUUAUGAUUCAAAGAUAAUAAUAUCGAAUAUGGGAAAAUUAUUAAUGAAUUUGGGUUAAGUGCAUUCAUAAUUAGGUAGAAAUGAGGAAGCUAAACAAUAUUAUAUUGAAUCAUUAUAAUAUUUGGAAAGUGGAAAUGAAAAAGAAAAGGUAAAUUCUGAAAUCAAGAUAUUAUGA